UGCACAUAAACAUAACCAUAACCAUGGCAUCGAAGCAUUCAACUUAUUUAUUUAAAUAACCGCUAAUUUAAUGUUUAAAAUGUUAAAUUUAAAAAUGUUGCCCGGCGUGAAAACGGCGACCGUCCGCCUGAGCCGCCAGUACACGUCGAAGGCUAAGCGCAGCGUCUUGUUACAGGACCAGAGUAAAAUAAAAAAUUAUGAACCAAAGACAAGUGAUGCCCAUACGAAUCGCGUCUAUGUGUGGGGCUUCCAGGAGACAGGAGCUCUCGGGCUGCAAACAAACGUGAAGAAGGCCAAAGAACGUUACACGGAAAUGGUGCAUCAUCCGACCCGGCUGCAGUUCUCGAAUAACAAUGAAAUAACCGAUGUGACCGCCGGCUAUGGAUUUACGGUGUAUGCGGUGAAGCGCUCCGAUGGGCAAACCUUGUUUGGAAGCGGACUCAACACCGACUCGCAGCUGGGCUUUCAAGUCAAGGGCGAUAAAAAGGAUCCCCCCAACCUGGAUGUGAUCAUUUAUCCUACUGCAAUUCAGCUGCCGCGCGAGCAGGGCGAAACGGAUGAGGAUAUGCAAGUGCGCUGUAUGUCUGCCGGACGCGCACACCUCGUUGUGGUCACGCAGAACGGCACCGUGUUCACCAUGGGACACAAUGCGUACGGCCAGUGUGCGCGCUCCAUCAUUGAGGACGAGGCCUACACGGGCAGUUCGCUCAUCCACCGCAUAGCCCAGACGGAUAUAUGCGGCGCGGAGGAUGAAAUUGUUGCCGUUGAAUGUGGACAGGAUCACACCAUGCUGCUGACAAAGCUGGGACGCGUUUACAGCUGCGGCUGGGGUGCCGAUGGCCAGACAGGGCAGGGCAACUACUACAGCGCCGGUCAGCUUACGCUUGUUGGCGGCGACAUUGAAAAGGAGCGCAUUGUGCGCAUUGCCUGUGCCUCGGAUUGUGUGCUGGCGCUAAACGAGCAGGGCGAAGUCUUUGGCUGGGGCAAUUCGGAAUACGGCCAGCUGGAUGAUUCACCCGAUGCAGCGCCACAAAUCUGCACGCCCCGAGCACUGCAACUCACCAGGGGCAUAGGGAAGGUUAAGGAUGUGGCUGCAGGCGGCUCGUUUUGCAUGGCUCUGAACGAUCAGGGCCUGGUCUACACCUGGGGCUACGGCAUCCUGGGCUUCGGUCCGUUUGUGGAGCAAACGUCGAAGCCGCAACACCUGCUGCCACCUCUGUUCGGACGCAACGAUUUCAGCAAUGCAACCACUGUGGUGUCGAUAGGUUGCGGUGUCUUUCACAUGGGCGCCAUCAAUUCCGAUGGGGAUCUCUUUAUGUGGGGCAAGAAUCGCUUUGGCCAUCUGGGCGUGGGCCACAAAAAGGAUCAGUACUUUCCUUUUAAGGCGGCCAUCAAUGGCAAGGUGCUGAAGGUGGCCUACGGCGUGGAUCAUACCAUUGCUUUAUGCCGGCCACAUUUAUAAAUAAAGCCAAAAAUAUUUAAAGAUCACAAAUUCGCGUUUUUAAUACAUUUAAAUCGAUUAAAGAACAUUUAGAUUAGGUUUCCUUUUUCUAUUUUCUUGAUAAUGUUUUUGUCAUUUGUUUCUUCUCGCAAAUGUAAAUAGCUUUUCUUUUUUUUUCGAUUUUUGUUUUCUAUAUAAAUAAUUGUUUAGCACGCGUACGCAUUUAUAGUUAUAGAGUUUAAAGAGUAUAUAAUAUAAAAUAUGAACUUGGAAUCGAAUGCAGUGUGUAUUUAUAUGUAUCAAGUUGGGAAUGGGUUUUAUUUGGGUUGGUUUCCCCUUUUUAUAUUUAAAUAUACAAUAGAAAGUUGCAGCAAUCCUAAAUCUCUACUCUUAUCAAACCCAAUUCGCACUCGUAUUUUUUAGUAUUUGUCACAAUUUCGUCAAUCGCAUUUAAUUGCUUUCUAGGUACAUUUCUUAA